AGUGAGAGCGUUCAGGGAGGACCUCCCAAAGGUGGCCUCUGAUCCACUUCUUGAAAGCUGUGAGGAGUGAUGGUGAAUCACGGGUGGCUUCCCCAUGCAUGAUGAGCUCUCCCUGGACCAGCGCAACCUUUCCUCACCCUCCGUGGAGCUCACGCUGACACAGAGCACCGUGCACAGCACUGCACAUGUGGCCUUAACAGAAACUGCUCCAGGGUCCCUGCAAAGCAGUUCUCUCCGCAUCCUAUCAUCUCCCUCUGCCACUACUUUUCAUACAGCCUUUUUUAACCAAGGAAAACGGACCCGAAGUACAGCGGAUCACAGCAUCUUUGUGGCAAAUGACAUGUCAGUGACAAGCAACGAGGUGGUCAUAGAUGAUGAUGAAAUGGAUAACUUUUUGCCAGAAACUCCAUGGGUCACCUCCCGCAUGAUUUCUCCAAUACAGUAUCUCCCAGUCAGCCUACCGGGGCUGCCCAAAGAAAUGUUAGACUCCGUGCUGACUCCUUCGUCACCCGUUACUUUUUCACAAGAUGAAGAAGUGACAACAGCCUGGCAAGACACAAUGCAACAACCAACAACAACGUGUGCUGAAUCCCCCAGUCAUUUCAGUGCUUUUCGGUCAGCUUUUCUGAGUUCCGAUGGCAUAAUUCCAACUCCUAGUAGGACUUUGGUGCUUUAUCCUACUGUCCCUUAUGGGCACUUACCAAGCAGGACUUUGCCAGAGAUCGUCGCUUCAGGAACAGAGGCUGUAGAAACCCUCUUUUUUAGCUUAAGCUUUUCAGUGCCUCAGCGGUUAGGCGACGGCAUCACUCAACAGCCAUUUCCCCCCUCGGGGGAGAUCUCAGCUCCUCCCGUGGAUGUUCUGGUCACAGGUACAGACAGAUACUGGGAUGCGACCACUGCUUUGAGUCAGAGUCUAAAAGAAAUCAUCUCGCCAAGAACAUCCCCUAUUGCAAGUUCCUCACAGACAGCCCUUGCUUUUAGCAGCAGCAGCAGCAGCACAAACUCGGUUUUGUUUUCAACUCCUCUUGCAUUUGCGUCCUUUUCUACUCAAUCAGCCGAUGUGUCCUAUAACCCCUUUCUUCCCAGCAGCUCCACUGAAGCGUCAGGAUUGCCCGGCCAUUCCGUGGUCCCCAGUUAUGUGGGCGACACUCCGAUCUGGAGCCCAGCGUCUUCCUUCCGACCAUACACAUGGUGGGUGUCCUGUACUCUGGUGUCACCUCGGCCCGUUCUGUCAGUGAGCCUCGUGGAGAAAGAUGUGGGGUCGGGGGAUGGUGCUGAGACCCUGUCCGUGACCCUGCUGGAAACGAGCAGCAUCUCUCCACUGAGCAGCAUGGUGGCCGACUUCUCCGAAUUUGAGGAAGAUCCUCAAGAAUUUAAUACACUUUUCCCCUCCAGACCAAUAGUUCCACUUUCUUCUCGCUCUGUGGGAAUCUCAUCCACGAGCUCGGGUAUUUCAGCCGAGGUGGACACGAGGAGUGUCAUGACCACACAGGUGCAUCCUGCCCACGGCCACCUCUCCGUACCUGUGUCACUCGAUACUGCUUCUUUUGGCUCCUUCUCUGUCAUUGAAACUCAAGGCACGCCAUCCAGCGUAACAGCUGUGUUUCCCUGGGUCAUCACCAGUGUCCUCCUGGACUCAUCUUUCUCUGUCACAGCAAAGGAAAGCACACCAAUGCUUGCUAUCGGAGACCCAGCUCCUUUUACGUCCGCUAAAUAUAGUUUGGAUCCUUCAGUAGAGUCCUCCCUUUUCCCUGGCCGACAACAUGCCAGUUUUUCCCAACAGGAAACUGGAAGUAUUUUGGAGUUUGCAUCCAGCUUUUUCUCAACUCCACCGCUGGAAUUUAGCACCGCGGCCCCUUCAUUUUCAGAAGUACUUGCUUCUUCGUCUCCUAUGUCAAGUGAUUUGUCAACCUUCCUUUCUCAGGCUUUUUCGACCUUGCUUGAGACAUUGACACUGUCCGACUCCAUCAAUUUGCAGUCACCUCAGCUUUCAAUUCCAAAUUCCACACACCUUGAAUUUUCUCAGCUCCAGCCAAGUUCAGACCUUCUUUUUAAUACAUUCACUUUUCCACCUAGUUCCUCUGAAAUGUCGUUAUCAUCAAGCUUCCCCUCUGAUUCCCUCACGUUCUCUGAAUCAUCAACAACUUCACUGACAGAUUCUGAAACCCGUUUUACCUCAGCGUUCACGGAAACUACCUCCUAUUUUGAGUUUUCACUCAUGUCCCAUGAAUCUACAGUCACCACACUGGUGCCCUCCAGUUCCAAUCCCCUCUUUGACAUUUUGACUCCUGGAACUCACUUAACGUCACUUUUGACUGCUUUUCAUACGACACCCAUUUUAAUGGAAUCACCUCCCUUUUCAACUCCAGCACCUUCUGGUGAUAACGAUAUCAGUGCUAUGGGUGAUCACACAUCUGUCUUAUCCUCUUUCUCCAAAGUCACGCCUACCACCACAGUAUUGGUCACCACCGUGUCCCCGUCGUCCGCGUCCUCAUUUAUUUCUGAAGUGAUCCCCUCACCUGUACCUACAGAGCCAGUGUUCGUGGGUCCAUCUUUCGCACCCACAGAUUUACCGCUGAACACCUCUGCUGACCUGAGCACAGCUAAUACCAGUGCUGCCCCUGAUAAUACUGAUGACACCACCCUGGACAGCACACCUGCGAGUCAGAACCCCCAGGAGAGCAGCAUGGCUCUUCCCCUGCCAUCUGUUCAUCCUGUGACCACCCCGACUCCAGAAGCAAUGGUCGACACUCCAGCGCUGCUCACCACCAAGCCGCCAUAUGUGUGUGAUAUCGCAGUUCCUGAUCCCUAUUUGAUCACAACUGUGCUGGCCAGAAGAGCCGUGCAGGAGUACAUCAUUACGUCUAUCAAGGAGGUGUUGAGGAUUCACUUCAACCGUGCGGUGGAGCUCAAGGUUUAUGAACUAUUUGCUGAUUUCACUUUUCUGGUAACAUCUGGUCCUUUCGUUUACACGGCAAUAUCAGUCAUAAAUGUACUUAUAAAUAGUAAACUUGUACGUGACCAAACUCCUUUAAUCUUGGCUGUGAAACCGUCCUUCCUUGUCCCGGAGUCCAGGUUCCAAGUUCAAACGGUCCUUCAGUUUGUGCCUCAGAGUGUGGAUACUGGCUUCUGCAACUUCACCCUGCGUAUCGAGAAAGGCCUGAUGAUCGCUCUCUCUGAAGUGAGAAAACACCAGCAGGGCACGUAUAACCUCACGGUGCAGAUCCUGAAUGUCACCGUGGGGUCUUCAAGAGUGGCCCCUCAGCGGGGGCCCGUGAACAUCGUCUUCGCGGUCAGAGGCGCACAGGGGUUUUGGAACGGGACACGUGUGAGUGAGCUGCUCAGGAACCUUAGCGUGGUGGAGUUUAGCUUCUAUCUGGGCUACCCGGUACUGCAGAUCGCCGAACCCUUCCAGUACCCACAGCUCAACUUGUCUCAGCUGUUGAAGUCCUCUUGGGUAAGAACAGUCCUCCUGGGUGUCGUUGAGAAGCAGCUCCAGAAUGAAGUGUUUCAAACUGAGAUGGAGCGCAAACUGGCCCAGCUGCUCAGUGAGGUUUCCACCAGAAGGCGGAUGUGGAGAAGGGCCACCAUCACCGCAGGGAACAGCGUGGUGCAGGUGGUAAAUGUGUCAAGGCUCGAGGGAGAUGACAGUCCCGUGCAGCUCAUCUACUUUGUGGAAGAUCAAGAUGGAGAAAGACUCAGUGCGGUCAAGUCUUCAGAUCUGAUUAACAAGAUAGAUAUCCAGAGAGCAGCCAUUAUCUUGGGUUACCGAAUUCAAGGCGCUAUCGCCCAACCUGUGGACAGGGUGAAGAGGCCGUCGCCGGAGUCCCAGAGCAGCAACCUGUGGGUCAUCGUUGGCGUGGUCAUUCCCGUGCUGGUGGUGAUGGUGAUUGUCGUCAUCCUCUACUGGAAACUCUGCCGCACGGACAAGUUGGACUUUCAGCCCGACACCGUGGCCAACAUUCAGCAGCGGCAGAAGUUGCAGAUCCCCAGUGUGAAGGGCUUCGAUUUUGCCAAGCAGCAUCUGGGUCAGCACAAUAAAGACGACAUACUGAUUAUUCACGAGCCAGCACCGCUGCCCGGACCUGUGAAGGACCACACCACGCCCUCUGAGAAUGGAGAUGUGCCCAGCCCCAAGGCCAAGGUCCCCGCCAAGAGCAUCCGCCACCGAGGAAGAGUUUCCCCCUCAGAUGCUGACUCGACAGUCAGUGAGGAGUCCAGUGAGAGGGAGGCCGGAGACAAGACGCCAGGAGCAGUGAAUGACGGGCCCCCACCACCCAGUUCAGGGAACGAGCAGCACUCGUCGGCCUCCAUCUUUGAGCAUGUGGACAGGGUGUCCCGCUCCUCAGAGGUCAGUCGGCGGGUCCCCAGUAAGAUCCAGCUGAUUGCCAUGCAGCCCAUCCCAGCACCUCCAGCUCACCACCCCGUGCUGGCCGACCGAGUGGCAGAAACCAACAAAAUUAACAAAGAGAUUCAGACGGCGCUGCGGCACAAGUCAGAGAUCGAGCACCAUCGGAACAAGAUCCGGCUCCGGGCCAAGCGCCGCGGCCACUACGAGUUCCCGGUGGUGGACGACUUGUCGUCGGGCGACACGCGGGAGCGACACCGGGUCUACCGCAGGGCGCAGAUGCAGAUCGACAAGAUCCUGGACCCCACGGCUAGCGUGCCCUCGGUGUUCAUAGAGCCCAGGAAGAGCUCCCGGAUAAAACGUUCUCCUAAGCCACGCCGGAAACACCAGGUCAAUGGCUGCCCCGGAGAUGCUGAGAAGGACAGGCUCAUCACCACAGACAGUGACGGCACUUACAAAAGGCCCCCCGGCGUCCACAACUCUGCCUACAUUGGAUGCCCAUCUGACCCCGACCUCCCGGCAGAUGUGCAGACGCCGUCCUCUGUGGAGCUGGGGAGGUACCCAGGCCUGCCCUUCCCCACCCCGCAGUACGUCCCGCCCCAGCCGUCCAUUGAGGAGGCACGCCAGACCAUGCACUCCCUGCUGGACGACGCUUUCGCCCUCGUGGCUCCCAGCAGCCAGCCCGGCAAUGCUGCGGCUGCAGCCCCCGGAGUCCCAGCCGGCCUGCCUGUGAACAGCACCCCUUCCCGAGAAGAGAGACGAGCCACCCAGUGGGGGUCCUUCUACAGCCCAGCUCAGACGGCAGCGAACAACCCAUGUAGCAGAUACGAAGACUAUGGAAUGACUCCCCCAUCAGGCCCAUUGCCAAGACCCGGUUUUGGCCCUGGUGUGCUGCAGUCUUCAGAGCUGGUGCCUUCUGAGCCCCAGCAGCCCCAGGCAUCCACGGAAGCCCCGUAUGCUGCCCGAGGGAUCUACUCUGAGGACAUGCCAUCGGUGGCCCGGCCUCGGCCUGUCGGGGGCACCACAGGCUCCCAGAUCCAGCACCUGACUCAGGUGGGCAUUGUAAGCCGAAUCGGGGCUCAGCCAGUGGAAAUUGCACCAAGCAGAGGCGGCCAGUAUGGGGGCCCAGGCUGGCCUUCGUACGGGGAGGAUGAGGCGGGCCGAAGAGAGGCCACACACAUGCUUGGACAUCAAGAGUAUUCUUCUUCACCGCUGUUCCAGGUGCCAAGGACUUCAGGCAGGGAGCCCUCGGCUCCUCCCGGGAACCUCCCACACCGGGGGCUGCAGGGCACCGGCCUGGCUUACACCACCAGCUCCACGGAAGACCUCCAGCCCGGCCACUCCUCAGCUUCGCUCAUCAAAGCAAUUCGCGAGGAGCUCCUCCGUCUCUCCCAGAAACAGACCGCCGUGCAGAACUUCCACAGCUGAUCGGCCUCCCCUUGCACAUUUGCCAAGUGUCCGCUUCCUGUGGAAGCAAGACUAAAAGGAAGUCAACGGAGUGGGUGUUUGUAAGAAGAUGAGCGUCUCCUGGGCUGGGUGCCCAUGGAAGGGAGCGAGUUGCAAUUUUAGAAGAUGCCAUAAGUCACGUGACAGCUCAUGAUGCUUUUAAUACGUUGGCAAUUUUGUGACCACUUGGGUCCAGUCGCAAUUUAUGUACUUUUGGCCAAAAGCCAGCAGCAUUUCAUGAAAGGCAAACCACAAACUUAAGCUGACAAAAUUACUAAAUUAGUCUUCUUUUUCAAGGCGAAAGAUGAAAAUGUAGAGAUGGUACAGGGAUAACUGGAGUCCAGCCUUUCCACGGGAAGAUGUGAUUCAGGCUGGUUUGUACGAUGAACCUGCUGCUUUUUCUGAGAAAAGAAAUUUGAAGACAUUUUAUUAAGUGUAUGUCCUUCUUUUUCUCCAUAGGAACUUAUUUUAAUAGUAAUAUUAACAACAAGGAUACUAAGACUGUUCGGGAAUUUAAAAAGCUACUAGUGAGAAACCAAAUGAUAGAUCGUAGAGCCUGAUGAUUACAAACAAAGCCAUCAUCUGCAUUUUUUCUUCUACUUCUGGUGCUACAGCUCCAAGGGCCCUUCAUCUUUUAUGUCUGUGAAAUGCAACAUUGGCUUUUUCGAUGGAAGCAGAUGUUGAAAGUUUCAUUUUGUUCUAGAAAGAAAAACGAAAAACAAACACACAAAAAAACCAACUCCCCAAGUGAGGGUGGGUAGGUGGUGGGAAGCUUAAUAUUUAUUUGGUUUUUCAAAAUACAUAUCAAAGUUUAGAUUUACUCUCUUAAUUGUAUUUGCUGUUUAUCGAUUGCGAAUCUCAUUUCAGCACAUGUCGUCAUUAAGGCCAGUCUUACGGAAGGAGGCUUUUUGGAGGUCUUAACCAAUCCUUGCACUUUGCCGAUGAGUGGUUCACAAAUUUUGUUUGAAUGAGAAAUCUUACCUGAGCAAAAAUUAUGUUUAAACAUUCCUCGGACCACCAAAUUGUGAUUCAUGAAUAUGGGAAUAGUAAUCAAAUUGUGUUCAGACCUGGAAAUGGAACUGAGUUCUUGUCAGCCUUUCUCUGCUCAGUCAAGAAAGAAGAGCUUAAAGAAGAGCUUUGAGAACACAAGGGCAAGGAGAGGGUCGCUCCUAAUUUCUGAUUUUAUUGUGCUUGACUCUGCUGAGUGACUGUUAAAACCAUCUAUGUGCUUUGGGCCUGACAGCGGGUAUCACCUCCCUUGCCGUUUACUCCCGAAGUCAACAAAUGCCCCACUUCCCAAAUCAGAAUGAGGGAUAUAAUAACAAGGGCUGUUCUGUUUUCUGGUACCUGAGUGAUGUUCAGAAGAAAAACAGGCUUAGAUAACGUAUUUCUACUAUGAGUUUUUAAAAUUAGAUUAACUAAUACUUUAAACAACAGAUGUACAGGCAGAAUUUGGGGCUCUGACUAACCAAAAUCGGUGUCAUAUUUGAAGAACCCUAGAACAGCUAAAAUAGGUUUUUGAAGUGUAAUUAUCACUCCAGAAUCAUAUUGCAGCAUUUCUUUCAUUGAGCCUGUCUACAGCCUUACAAUAGAGGGAAAAUUGGUUCCAGGAAGUUAAAAUGCAGCCAUUUUUCAUCUGUACACCCCUGAAAGAGGAGGGAGGGGUGCGGGAGAAUUUGUCUCAAGGAUAUUAAAUUAAGGAAAGGGAACUCCUUUUCAGGCCGUCUUCCCAGGCUCUAAGAGCAUGGGAGAGAAGAGCCCCUUCUGGGCUUGAUUUCUUACCUCUCGAUCUUGGUUUAAUAGCCAGAGUGGAAGAUUCUCUUUGUAUGUCACUAAAAGAUACCGGUUUUCCUGAAUAUGUUAUUAAGAAUUUCAGAUAUCCAAGCAGUAUUAUGGACACCUUACAGUGAAUUCGAGUCCUGUGACAGCAAGUGGAGUAAAUGCAGGCCCCUCUUCUCCCAUUCUGCUCAGUGUGGUAAGUGUUUGCACUAAGAGUGUACCGAAAAUGGUUACCGCCUGUGUACAGUGCAGAAAUGGGCCUCUGUGUGAAAGGGGGGCUGCAAUAGUGAUUUUGAUGCCUUUCCAACUAGCAUAAAAGGAUUCUACCGGUAUUGUUCUUCUUAGACUUGAUACACUUGUAAACCGAUGUCAAGACCAAAGAGAACGUACAGUAAACACCCAGUGGUGUGUGAUGUGAGCAGGUCCGUGGCAUCACAGCACGCUUGUGUUGGUCGUCAUGCACGCUCAGUUUGCCCUUGUUUUCUCUAACCCCCUGCCCCAUCCCUUUCAUCAGUCACCAAACUCAGGGCAGACUAGCUGUCACGGGGAUCACCAUACCAAAUGGAUCUUCAGACACUCAGCUAAUGUGAUCAACUUGAAAGGAAGGCCUCGUGUCCGUCAUGUGUGCUUUGGAGUUCCAUUUCUUUGAAGCACUCGUAAAAUGAAAAGUUAAAUGUGAUUGUCUCUUCUUUUUUCCUCUUUUCAAAGUUCUAGUGGUACUAACAUGGGAAGUACCCUUCUCUAAGCCUCAUUCUCCCCAGCAGCCAAGCAAGAGCAGAGCUCCCCUGCCCACCCCACCUCCCAGGAUUUCUCAUUGUGAGAAUCAGAUGUGAUCAUGUGUGCACACGUCCCCAAAGCACUGUGAAAAUGUAAAACGUUAUCUGUAUGACGAUGCUGGAUGGACGAUCUGAUAUGCUGUGAUCUUUUCGUGAAUGAAUUCACACGGAGGUGUGACUCUUCUUCCUCGCUCCUGUUUUGCUUUACAUUCGCUUCCUUCUCCAUUAACUUUCAAAUGGCGUUUCACCAAAAUCUUUCUGCUCCUGAUUUUCUUCUGUUUCUGGCCUCAAAGAUCUCAAACGUGAAUACUGCCUUCUAAGAUCCUUGACUCUAAGUCAGGUAGCACAGACGGGAAUAAAUACUCAUCUCUAAUAGAUACACAUAAAUAACUUGGUUUAAACCUGAAUAAGAUGUGUUGAAAGUACACAUGUGCAUUAGGUACCCAGAAGAAGAAGUGAAAGUUGCACAUUGGGAAACAGGAUCUUGGGGAGAAGUCAACCAGGAAGCACUAAUGAAGGCAGAGGAACUGACCAAGCAAAUGGUGGUGACACAGCGUGGGAAGAGUGGGCCUGGGAUGGAGGUAGAAAGUGGGUGAAGCUGUCAUUGGAAAGGAACUUGAUCCUGAUCUGCUAUGAGGGAACAAAAUUCCUAACCACAUGGUUUAGGGAGUUUUAUAAGAGGAGGCAGUGGUGCUGUGAGUAUAUGUUUGCAGUAAUACAGCGAGAAAAUGACCAGGCCUGUGCAGAAGGUCUACGGAGGAAGAGAUCCAUUCUGGAGGGAAGGGGAGAGUAGCAAGAACUGCCGAAGGACCAAAUGUAAAGUAUGAAAAUAGUGGUAAGAGUUUCACCAUCUACACCCUUGCUUAGAGCAGAUCUCAGUGGUUAGCCAUUGAAUCCUUUGCGGAGCAUUGUGGGUUAUAAAUACAAAUAUUUGACUUCUUCACAGCUACCUACACGUUGUUCCUUCAAAUUUUAUUUUGUUUCAGAGUAUGUUUUGAUUUGGGUGGCACAUUUGAGCAGCAGAUUAAGUAGUGGGUUUUUGCCAGCCAGACUUUUCAGGGCCCCAGGCCGGUGAUGCAAAGCCCAGUUGAAGAAGGUUCUCUUGAAGGCUUUGGGUCAAAACAAGUGAUUCUGUGCUUUAUGAGCCUCCUGUUUAACUGUGUCCAGGGUGGGUGUUUACGGCAUUUGCACAGCUUCUCAGUGCUCCGGUGACCAAGCCAAUCACGCGGGCACUGAUUUGCAUUUGCCGUAAUUCACCUGUUAAUCAUUACCUGAACUUCUCUGUCCCCUUCAUGCUAAAUUCUUAGACAUGAAUGAAUUUGUUGGUUGGAAGGAAAGCUGGUUAAGGUGCUGGGUGGGGGUGUAGGGGGGAAGGGGGCUCCAGUUUUAACUCCCACACUACAGCUCUAGUUGAGUUUUAGCCAUUUCAUUUCUACCUCCAGAACAAGUCUCCAAAGCCAGCCUCCAGGACCCACAUUUGUCCCAGACAGGAGCGUGAGGCAGUCCACUUCUAUACCUGCAAACAGACCAUUGACUACAAAACACAUUUGUAUGGGAUGGUAACUUGAACUUCGUUUUUACAUUUAAUGCAACACAUUAACAGAUACUCUUGUAAGGUGAGAAGCGCUUCUGUGAGGAACUGCUGUAAAGUACUCAUAAAAUGUAAUAGGCUUACACUUAUUACUUAGUGAAUAAGGAGUGUGUAUGUACAUUUCAGGUUUCUUUUGAUAUGUUUGGAAGUGAUUUUCAGUGUUGAAACUAGGACUCCUUUCUCUAGUAUAAAAAAGACUUGAAAACCGAAACUUCACGGUACGAUCCUAACUUCCAGGCUUGUGUGUGUAAUGGUACACUCGAGAAUUUAUCUUAAGAACACGCAGCAGCAUUGAAAUUUAGGGAAAGAAUAUUUAAAUGCCUUUGGAAACAUGAAACAAAGUUAGGAACCCGCAAGCAAGUGGAGAAGGAAUGAAUGUCUUCAUCUGAGUCCAAAUUAGUUUCCCACAGGGUAGAUAAUUAUGCAGAUGGCUUGCUUUUCCUUCUUCCUCCAGGUUUUUCUGUUCUGGGGCCACUUCACAUUUAAAGGAAGUAUGCAUUGGUAGGAGGGACCGAGAUAAAAAUGUAAGGGAUUUGGGUCUUGUGGUUUCUGAUUGCACGGAACCAUUCUGGACAACUUGGAGUCUCUUCUCAUGCCCCCCAGACUUCAUGCUUUGACUCCCUAACUGUGCAAGUUAGGAAUAGUACAGGGCCAAGUUCAAGCCAGACAUCCUGUACUGUUCCUCCUGCAGAUAUGGGGAAAGGAGGAGGCCCUAGAGGAAUGGGAGCUCCACCAACUCACUCAGUUGCUGUAAGCACCAGAGAGCCUAUUUCAGAAGAGGGGAGUAGAACUCAGCUUUGCUUUCUUCCAAGGCACCUGCUAGGGAGUAUGGAGAGUGGGCUAGCCUUACCCUUACAGGAAAGGUUGCGUAGCAGAGCCACUCUGGAUGCUUUCUUGUCACCUCCUCUUUGUCAAGGUCCAUGUUCUUCUGACUCUUCCUGCACUCUCAUUCUUAGAUUAUGCGUGUUACUGUAUGAAAAUGCGCAGAGUAAAUUGAGGCCACGCGUGGCUUAGUACUGCAACUUGAACUUGACAAUCAUGAUUUGCUGGUCUCAAACGGGCACUUAAAUUUCGGUAUGGGUGUAUGAUUUAGUAAUUGAAUCCUCCCUUCUAUUUGACGGUUAUGUUUCUACCCUUCAAUUAGCUGCACUGUUUUCUAAUGUGCUGUAGAGUUUUUGAAAUAAUUUAUGCAAGUGUUUGGUUUCCAUGUUUACAAUUUAUACAGCUUUCCUAGCAUUUUAAAUGGAAAUGUCAAUAAAUGCUAUGAAUUGGUGUCAAGUGAUAUUUUCUGUUUAUUUCCUUUGCAACAUGAGCAUUUUCUCAUUUGUAAAAUGUGAAAGUUGAAUGAGAUGAUUUUUUUUUGGUCUGUAAUAUUUGUGGCCCU